CAGAUAUUAUGUUGACAAAGGAUGACAAAUAUAUUAUUCUAAAAACAAAAAAUCAGAGAGUGAUUCAGCAUGAAGAAUAUGUGAAUUUGUUUGACCUCUUCACCAAUGGAAAAAUCAAACUGGGUCACGCAAUGAAGAAACACUCUGGAGAUUACCUGUUGGAAGAAUUUGGAUCUGAUGGUGUUUUAUGGAAAAAAGUGAAUGUGCGUCUAGAAAUACAAGCUCCUGUGUCAAAGCCAGCUGUUUCCCAGAUGUGUUUGUCACCAGAACAGAUGAACAUCAGGUGCUCCUCUGAGGGAGAUGGAGUAGAGUUCAAUUGGACCUUGAACGGUUUCUUACUGGUGCCGACCAGCCAGUUCCCGAGCAACAUGACAGCGAACAUCGAGUCACUGACUGGAAAAAAAACUGAACGAGACAAACCGAGUGUUUCAUAUGUUACCAUCAGCUUCCUCGGUCAGCAGACAGGAAACUUGAUGUGUGGUGUUUGGAACAAUGUGAGCAGAGAUGAAACAGUUAUUCAUCUGACAGGCUGUAAAGAUUUUGUUUCUUCCUUCCCUGUUAUGAUCGUGGCUGUGACAGCUAGUGCUGUCACUCUCCUUCUCCUUGUGGCUCUGUGCCUUGGCAUAAUAAAACUUCACAACAAACCAAGAUCCACAACUGUUAAUGAGGGUAAGUUAAAGCUGUUCUCCCAUGUCUUCUUCUAUCUCACUAAGGACCAUAUUGAAAUUAAGUUAGGUUAACAUCAUUUUAUAGAUUCUGAAUCAUUUUUUUCCACGUCUCAGAUAGCUAUUGCAUUACAUUCAUUUAAAACCAUGUAAAUCACUUUGUAAAGAAAACAUGAUGUCCUCUUUGAUAGGUUUCAUCACAUUUCACAUCUGUUUUUCAUUUUUCCAGAUAACACUGAAGAGGACGUUAUCUACACAACUGUUAGAAUAAUACAGAAUCCUUAAACAUUAUUAAGCGCCAGCCAUAGUUUGAACCCUAACAUCUCCCUUGCUGGGAACCUUACCCAACCUUGAGAUAAAUAAAAUCAUCAGAUAUCAUUGUCUUUUUGGCUUGAAAAAAAGGUGAAAAAAAUAAUAUACAUAAUUUCUACUCAGACCAUUAAAGCGUACGAGAAAAAGAUAACUCUGAUACAAACAAGUUUUCUUUUACUUUAUAAUUUUUUCAACAAUUUCAAAAUAAAUAGUGUAACUCUUGGGUGACAUUUGGAUAUACACUGUUUCUGCAGUUAUUAACAGAAGGAAGAAGUACAAGCUGCAAGCAAUGUAGUGAUAGAAGAUGAAGCCAAAACUCCUAACAUUUAAUUACAUUAUGGUCACGGCUGUGACACAAAGUACACGUCAAAUAAUUUGUCAAUAACUGUCAUUUUAGGUAAUUCUUAUCACGCUGAUUUAUGUUCAAGGGUUCAUUUCUCUGAUAAGUUUGGUUUUAAUUAGUUAUUUGAUG